CUUUAAAUGAGCAAUGACUGUCCAGGAAUUUAACUAUUAAAACACAUAUGAACAGAAAACCAGCAUAUUGACUGUUUUUUUUGUUUCAGCUCCCAGCCGCAUGUUGAGCUCCACGUUAAACCCAAGCUGCACUGCGGGCCGCAAACAAAUGGGCUGUGGGCCUCAUGUGGCCCAUGUGUUGAAUAGCUCUGAUGUAGUUGUUUUCUCUACUGGUAUUACUAAAGUAACAUGCACGUAAAGCAAGGGCAUAUGAAGUGAAGUGCAUGCUGAUUGCACAUGUUAACUGUGAGAACUGUGCACUCCCUCUGUAUCCAAUCAAAAUGUUGCUAUGGUUCAAUCAGCACAUCCCACAAUUCCUAGGUACAUGAGCACAGUUAGCAAAACUACCGUAUCCUGGGAGACCAUCUUGGUUAUGACAAUCUUGUCCAAUGAGAUGGAGGGCCACACUUGGUCCACUAACUUGUCUACGUUGCCCAUAGCUCCUAUUAACUGUCUUUGUCCUGAUUUCUCAUGCAUCUGUAACCUUUGCAGCUUAUCAUGUUGCACUGUGAUUCUUUUGCACUUAAUUUCUGUUAAUGCUUGAAGUAGUGGGUAUUGGAAUGCAGGGUUUUGAUUUAAGCCCAUCUGUAGACACCAGUCCUACAAACAAGCACGAUUUAAAUUCUAAUUGCAUUCAGUGCGGCUUCUUAGAUGUUUAACGUUAAAUGAUCUGCAGUUUCAGAAUUAUUGCCAGAAUUAUCUUAAAAAUACUGAGCUAAUUUUCAUAAGUCUUUGAGUAUUACCUUCUUCAAUAAAGAUUAUAAAACAAUCCAAAUUUUGGUGUGUCCAAUUCCAGACAUUAUGCAAACACUAAUUUCAACAGAAAUUUUGCUAGCUUUUCAAAAUGAACAGUUUGUUGAAGUAAAGUAUGGAACACUUAAGUCCCAAAUAAUUUUUAAAAAGAUAUGGUUAAGUCCUGUAGUAUUUAUAAAGUUUACAGGUAGCAAAUACUUCAAUAGUGAUGUAUCUAGAAUGUUUUCUUGUUUCCCCCAUGGUUGAUAAUCAUGUUUCAGAACGUAUAGCUGUUUUAAAAUGUAGUAAUCAUACUAGCGUGUCUCAUAACCUGUUUAAUUGUUAUUCUAGUAUGUCAAAAUCUUUCUUAUUUAUAUGACCCAAUUUUAAUCAUAUUUAAACUAAUAAAUUUAGCAUAUUCCCUUUAUUAGAGAUGACCAUUUAUUAUUCUACUUGGUGUUCUACAGCCAAAAUUCAAAGUAUGAAAAAUGCUGUUCCUAAGAAUGACAAAAAGAGAAGAAAACAGUUGACUGAUGAUGUUGCUAAACUGGAGGCAGAAAUGGAACAGAAGCACAGGGAAGAACUGAAGCAGCUAAAGGAAACUUUACCUGAGCAGGAUAAGGUUGAUUCUGUGGCUGAUAAUCUUGCAAGUUUUCACCUUGAGGAAAAAGAGCAACAGAUUCAGCAGCCUCGAAUAUCGAAAGCACAGAAAAGGCGGGAAAAGAAAGCUGCAUUGGAGAAAGAAAGAGAAGAAAGAAUAGCUGAAGCAGAGAUAGAAAAUUUAACAGGAGCCAGACAUCUUGAAAGUCAGAGGCUUGCCCAGAUAUUGGCCGUAAGGCAAUUGGAGAUUAAACAGAUCCCAUCAGAUGGCCACUGCAUGUAUCGAGCUAUUGAAGACCAGCUCAAGAAUCAGCAACACUCCUGGACUGUUCCAACCCUCAGAAGUCAAACUGCAGAGUACAUGCAAAGUCACAUUGAUGAUUUCCUCCCGUUUCUAACGAACCCCAACACAGGAGACCUGUAUAGUCGAGAGGAGUUUGAAAAAUACUGCGAUGAUAUAGUCAACACAGCUGCAUGGGGUGGUCAGCUGGAACUACGGGCUCUGUCACACAUUUUGCAAAAACCAAUUGAAGUUGUGCAAAUGGAUUCUCCUCCCAUUACUGUUGGUGAAGAAUAUUCAAGCAAACCAUUAAUACUUGUGUAUAUGAGAUACGCAUAUGGAUUAGGAGAGCAUUAUAAUUCUGUAAAACCACUAACAGACACUACUACAGAAAAUGGUAGCUAGUAUAAAAGUCAUGGUAUGCAUGGAUAAUGGAUGCUGCUUGAUGUUCUGGGCUCUUCAUCUCUGGAUCGUUCCCAAGCAGACUAGAAAACAAAAGUAACACAAAGGAACUUUUAAGAGGCGCACAAUAUUUGACUACAUAUCAAAAGUCACAGUUUAAAACAGUACCUAGAUUUUGCUGAUUUAGAUAAUGUUUUAAGAUAUUAUUCUCUAAAAUGUUGACUGUGCAAGCUGGAGUAAUUUGCAUAGUCUGAGUAUUUUGGGUUACAUAGCAUACUGUGCCACCAUGAAAAGAUUGAUAGCAUAUGCUUCAGGUAGCUUGUGUUUUUUUUCCUGCUUUUGUGCAUUUCUACUGAAGAACUGACAUGAUUUCCAGACUCUUAUUAGGUAAUUUGAAGUAGACUGUGGUGAUGAUGGAGAUAUUAUUAAGGCAUUUAAAUGACAAAUAAUAUUCUAGACUGGAGUGAUCAUCAAUAUACUACUUUAAUAGUCCCAUAUUAAAUAUUUAAACAAUAGUAAGGCCCCCUCCUAAUACUGUACUUACAUCAGAGCUAGAUGCAAAUCCAGCUGAAAAUCUUAUCUGACUCAAAAGGUCACACAUCUAACUUCUGUUUUUUUAUGGACUCUCAUUUUAGUUUUUUAAAUCAGGUUUUGAAAACUGUCUUGUCUUAGGCAUUUCUGCUUAUGGCUGUAGAUGACAGCAAAUGAGUGAGAAUUGAUAACAGCACUGCUGGUGCACAUAGUCCUACCUGUAGAACACAGGGCGUUCAACUUUUUGUUCUUUUGCAGUUUGUUUUUCUUUACAAUAGUUGUUUCAAAUAAAGACUUAGUAAACUAGUUCAUUUAUGCUGUUUAAAGUGCUGCCAUUCCAUCAGAUCUGCAGUUUGAAAAUCAGUUUACAACAUUCAGGUGUGGUCCGUACUUAAAGUUUAGGUCAGUGUACCUAUGAUAUGUAGCAGCGUCAGCACCUGAGCACCCUAGCAUUCCCUACCUGAUCUUUGGUGAGGAUAUAACUAGAUUGCUAGAAGAAUGUUUCCAUCAACCGUACUUUCUAUCACUUGGAGAGAUGGUGUUUCUGCAGUAGUGGAAAAACCCUUUCUCAUGUUGUAGGCUAUGUCUAUGUUAUGGAGGUAUGUUGGCAAAACUGUGGUGCUGUAGUUAUGCCCCAUAGACCUUGUAAUGUAGACACUGCCUUAUACAGCCAGUUGUAAAAACUGUGAUGGCUUACCAAAAUUAAGUAACUUUAAAGAUGACCUGCAAAGAAAAUUGGAUUGGUGUUGUCUUAUUUGUUUCUUUGUGAUGUACAAAGAAGACUUAAAACAUAUAAGGAAAGCCUGCUAAUACCAAUAAAUUAUUUUUAUAUAGACACUUUCAAACUUUUUACAACUGAUAUUUUUAACUGCUUGAAUAAACAAGUUGGGAGAAAAGCAGUUAUUAAAGAUGCAACAGUGCUGCCCCUGAGCUGAGAGCUUAGAGAGUUUAUAGUUCUUAUCUAAGACAUCUGAGUCCUACUGGAAUACCAGAAAACUGGUUGACAUUCCUGGUGCUUCUAACAUUAAAAAGGAAACCUAAUUAUGUCUUCUUUAUAUAUCAUAAAACAGUAAGACACAAAACCAACUAUUUUUCUUCUGUGGGUCACUAAAUGAAAGCACUUUGUGAUCUUGCUGAAAGAGAUAUAAAUGAGUACUUUACAAAUACCAUCUUUACUUGAAUAGGUAGUCUUCUCCCUGUAAAGAAUGUUUGAUUAUGAAUUUCACGGCAUGGAGCUUGCCAGGUAAAUCAAAUGUUAACCUAAUUGUUUGGCAGUCUUUAUUUGUUUGGUAUUUAUUGUAACAACUAGUUGAACCCAACUGAUGUCUUGAUUUCUUUUUUGCUAUGCCUGUUACUAGAAAUUGAUUCAUUAGUAAAAGAAUUUAUAUAGAAAUAAUCUUUAAUGCCAUAAAGAAUUAUCAUAACACUAAAAACAGUAUAUAACUGUAUUAUCUAAAAUGGAUGUAAUAGGCAAUGCACAUGCUGAUUUAUGUACCUGAAUAAUGAACAAUUAUCAAUUAAUUGACAGUUUGUCCAGUUUAAUAUGUUUAUAACAUUUAUGAAGCAAAAGAAUAUUGAA